AUGUCUGCCGACCCCAUGGAAAAGGGAGGCGUCCUGGGUGAGGAGGCCGACUACUCUGGAGCUGUCAAGAAGACCAGCCCCGAGGAGAUUCGCCUCGUCCGCAAGCUGGACUUUAGAAUCAUGCCGACUCUGUGGGCCAUGUAUUUCCUGAACUAUCUGGAUCGAAAUGCCAUUGCUCAAGCGCGCUUGAACGACCUGGAGGAGCAUCUUGGUCUUGUCGGAACCCAGUACAACACCUGCAUCUCCAUUCUCUUCGUUGGAUAUCUCCUUAUGCAAAUUCCGUCCAACAUGUUAAUCUCAUCGAAACGCGUUCGUCCUUCGGUCUAUAUGUCCAUCUGCAUGAUGGCCUGGGCAGUCGUGUCUGCCUGCACCGCUCUCGCCAAAAACUACACCAGCCUUGUUGUACUUCGGUUCUUCUUGGGCGUUACAGAGGCACCGUUCUACCCCGGAGCCCUGUACCUCCUGUCAAUCUUCUAUACCCGCAAAGAGAUUGCCACGCGACUGUCGAUUCUAUACUCUGGCAAUAUCUUUGCCACCUCCUUCUCGGGUCUCAUUGCCGCAGCUACUUUCAACACCAUUGAUGGAGCACAGGGUCUCCGAGGAUGGCAGUGGCUUUUCAUCAUCGAAGGCAUUCUGACAUUUGUUGUCGGUAUUGUCGGCAUUUUCACGUUGGCCGAUAGCCCAUUGACCACUCGGUGGCUGGAGCCGGAAGAGAGACAGCUUGCUCAUGACCGUAUGGUCCGUGAUACUGUCGGUCUUGAGGAGAGCAAGGGAGCCCGUGCUGGAUUCUUCCAGGCUGUUCGCGAUCCUCGACUUUGGCUCUUUUGCUUCAUCCAAAACAUGCAUCUUUCGGCGUGCUCCUUCAACAACUUCUUCCCGACUGUUGUUGGCUCUCUGGGUUUCAACAAAACCAUCACUCUCGUGCUCACUUGCCCUCCCUACCUCGUUUCUGGCUUUUUUGGAUACCUUGCCGGCAUGUCUUCGGGCAAGUACAAUGAGCGGACCUGGCACAUCACAACGUGUAUGAGCAUCGCACUGGUUGGAUAUAUCAUCUCUUGCGCCACGCUCAACACUCCUGCCCGAUACAUUGCAUGCUUCUUGUUCGCGAGUGGUGCUUAUGCCGUCAACUCCAUGAUUCUUGGCUGGGUGUCCGCGACCCUUGGAUCAACCCCCGAAAAGAAGUCCGUCAGCUUGUCGAUUGUAAAUGUGGUCGCCAAUGCGUCCUACAUCUACACCGCGUACCUGUACCCAAAGAGCAACGGACCUCGUUACUUGAUCGGAAUGUCGAGCAAUGCUGCAUUUGCCGUCGCGUGCAUUGCUGGAACGUGGGCCAUGAGGGUCUGGCUGCGUCGGGACAACAAGAAGCUUGACCAAGAGACAAAUGCCCAGACAGUGAGAUACGCUUACUAG